GGUACAAAGCAUGAAGCCAUUGCUUGCGGAAUUAGCAUUUACAAAUUCAACUGGCGAUUGUGACUUAACAUCGAUAAUUAGGUGAAGCGGAGAUGAAUCGAGUAACAAAACAUUUUUUUGUUAGUUUCGGAAUAACAAAAGAAAGAAUUAAAAAAAAAACUGCGAAGGAGGGUAAAAGGGUAAUAAAGUGAAAAAAUGUGCUUAGUUUAGCGCGGCAGUUUGUAAAGUGGAAGGAAGGCUAAUAAUAAAAAGAGAGGGGAGGAGUUUGCCAGAUUGCAGAAAAACGCCAUUAACGAUCACAGCUGUGCGAAUCCGAUUAAUCCAGAGAGGGAGAGAGUCAUAGAAUAUCUGGAUCUUCUUCUUCUUCUCGGAGCUGCCGUUGGAUAUCUUCAUCGUCUCUGAGCGCGCGGACGAGAUUCGUGCCCUCCGCCUCACUGCACAUGGAGUUAGCGUUGAGGCAGGUCGAACAUUCUACAGAAGCGGCGGCUGUGUCAUCAUCUUAAGGCCUCCUUCCUUCUUUAGGUAUGAUGACUACGGAGGCUGAUCAGAUGCAAGGACCAAGCGGCGGCGGCUGUGAAGAAAAGAUUUCUGUUUCUGUUCGUCUCCGACCUUUAAAUGACAAGGAAAUGUUAAGGAAUGAUUCCCCUGACUGGGAGUGCAUCAACUCUACUACCAUCAUGUACAGGAGCCAUCUCUCUAUCUCUGACCGCUCCAUGUAUCCUUCUGCUUACUCCUUUGACAGAGUGUUCGGCCCUGAGUGUUGUACCAGGCAAGUCUAUGACCAAGGGGCCAAGGAAGUGGCUUUCUCUGUUGUCAGUGGCGUUAAUGCUAGCGUCUUUGCAUACGGGCAAACAAGCAGUGGAAAGACAUACACCAUGAGUGGAAUUACUCACUGCACUUUAGUUGAUAUCUACGACUACAUUGACAAGCACAAGGAAAGAGAAUUCAUUCUAAAGUUCUCUGCCAUGGAGAUCUAUAAUGAGUCUGUACGAGACCUCUUAAGUACAGAUAGUAGUCCGCUCAGACUUCUAGAUGAUCCUGAGAAAGGGACAGUUGUUGAGAAACUCACAGAGGAAACUCUGCGAGACUGGAAUCAUUUCAAGGAGCUCCUUUCUGUUUGCGAAGCUCAGCGGCAAAUUGGAGAGACAGCUCUAAAUGAAGUUAGCUCCCGGUCUCAUCAGAUUUUGAGAUUGACAGUUGAAAGCACGGCUCGUGAAUUUUUCACUAACGAUAAAUUUAGUACACUAACAGCAACAGUGAACUUUAUUGAUCUUGCUGGAAGUGAACGUGCAUCUCAGUCAUUAUCAGCCGGCACAAGGUUGAAAGAAGGUUGUCAUAUAAACCGAAGUUUGUUAACGCUGGGAACUGUGAUCCGUAAGCUAAGUAAAGGAAAAACUGGUCACAUUCCAUUCAGAGAUUCAAAACUGACGCGCAUACUUCAGUCUUCCUUGGGAGGGAAUGCCAGAACUGCCAUAAUAUGUACCAUGAGUCCUGCGAGAAUCCACGUUGAGCAAUCAAGAAACACACUGCUAUUUGCGAGCUGUGCAAAGGAGGUGACAACGAAUGCACAAGUCAAUGUUGUCAUGUCUGAUAAAGCUUUAGUAAAACACUUGCAGAGGGAGUUGGCUAAACUGGAAAGUGAGUUGAGAAGCCCUGGUCAGCCUUCGGUGGUUGCCUCUGACGCAACAACUGCAUUACUGACGGAGAAGGACCUCGAGGUUGAAAAGCUCAAGAAAGAGGUAUUCCAACUAGCACAAGAGCUAAAGCAAGCUCGUUGCGAGAUCGAGGAUCUUCGACGAAUGGUUGGAGAAGGAAAACAAGGACCAAAAGAGACACUAUCAACAGAGGUGGUGCUGGAACAUCAGUACCCGAAGCUGAGGGUGCGCAGUACAUGGGACUCUGAGAACACAACACCAUUAAGCCCUAUAUCAGCUCACCGUUCCAGUUUGUCUCCACGAUCAUCUGAAUACAGUUAUGACGACAACGUCUUCCAGCUUUCAGAUUUCAGGAUAGAUUCUGGCUCAAGUAGUCCAUUUCAUCAGCAUGCCUUUGUAACUCCUUUCCCUGAGGUUACACAUGGGGCAGAAACUAAAGACCAAUCCCAAGUUCACACAGAAGAAACUGAAGCUCAAUCUGAUGUUCCUCGGGAGCCGAGGAAUGCCUCAUCAACAUUAGUUAUUUUUCCUUCUCCAGACGAAGGUUAUGCUGAGGAGGAACGGGUGGGUAAAGAGACUGAUGGAAAUUCUGAGGAUGACUGCAGGGAAGUUCGAUGCAUAGAAACAGAGAUGAUGUCAGAUGUCACUAGACUACAUCCAGAGGAAAAUAUUCCGCAGAGCAGUCCAGAUAGAUUUGACGUUGUUAAUGCAGAAGAACCAGUAUCUUUGACAGAGCCAAAGAACCUACAACUAUCCAUUGAAGCAGAAGAAGAAGAAGAAGAAGAACCAGUAUGUGUGACAGAGCCAAAGAACAUACAACCACCAACUGAAACUGAAAAGGAAGAGAAGGAAGAGGAGGAAGAAGAAGAAAAAGUAAAGGAAGUGAGUAGUGCCUCUACUGAACCAAAACAAGAAAGCAAACUCAUCAAAACCCCUCCUCCAUGCUGUGAUUUCAAAUCAUCUCCUGAUGAGUUUGGUACAAGCCGCCUUAGUAGUAGCAAUCCGAUGCCACCAGUAUUUAUCACUCCCUCUCCUGAAAAGCCAUUCUCUUGGCUUACGGAGAGAGAAUCACAACCGGUCAGAAGCAUGAAACUGACUAGAAGUCGAAGCUGCAGAGCAAGCGUGUUAUCGAGUUCUUCCCCAUCUUGGUUUGAGAAAGAUGCUGCUGACACACCGCCAAGUUGGUACGACAAAGGAUUCUUCGUCAAAGCAGCUGAAAUGCGCGACAUCAAGAAUGAGAGGUUGCUGCAGGAUGAGUUUAGCGGGAGGAGCAUGCCAACAACAUGGAUCGAGAGAAGCUUGAGCGACACCCAAACUGCGCAUGCUACUGCUUCUUCUUCACAUAACGAAAUGUCAUCAUCACCAAAUGAAUCACUGUCCCGCCCCUCUGAUGUUUCUGUGUUUGAGCUUCAGAGCCCUUCUACAAGCCAGGAGAAAACUGAGGAAACUGCUGCUCAGAAAGACAAGCGAAUCAUUCAUUGCUCGAUGGAGGAAAUAGAACAGAAGUUGUUCUUGGGGUUGAGUUCGACAAAGAGUUUCAAAGACGCUGCACUGGACCCAAUACAAGACUACUUAGACACGCCUUUGAAUUGGCCGGAAGAGUUCAAGAGGCUACAGCGGGAGAUAAUAGAGUUAUGGCACACGUGUAACGUCUCCAUGGCCCACCGAAGCUACUUCUUCCUAUUGUUCAGAGGGGAUCAGAAGGAUUGCUUGUACUUGGAGGUCGAACUCCGUAGACUCAAGUACAUCGCCCAAAAUAGCAAACCCACCGACGAUCUGAGCCUAGUGUCCAGCACGAAGGCGUUGACUAGAGAGAGGUUUAAGCUGAGCAAGCUGAUGCAGAGGAAACUAUCCAAGGAAGAGAGAGAGAACUUGUUCUUGAGAUGGGGAAUUGGGCUGAAUACAAGGCACCGGCGGGUCCAGCUGGCGCACAGACUCUGGUCUGAUUACAAAGACAUGGGUCAUGUCCGAGAGAGUGCCUCCCUCGUUGGUAAGCUCCAUGGAUUCGUCGACAUGAACUUGACUUCCUCUGACAUGUUCGGCAUCAACUUUGCUUUCAGACCACCUCGUCCCAAGAAAUCUAGUCUUUGGAAACGCAGCGUUUUGUCCCUCUCCUUUUUGUAACUUGGUAGUAGUAUGUAAAGCACACUAUAAAGAAAUGUUCUCAAAUGAAAUCACAAUCUUCUUUUAUAUUGUUCCUGUUGA